CGUCUGCUCGAGUGAUAUAGUGAGCGAGUCUUGAGCUUAUCUGCGCUCUUACAGCAGGAAAACAGCCGACAGUUUGAUAUAUGACGGUCGUGAGGGAGGUCUUGGAGCAUGGUGAGAAAACUAAAUGAAGUUUCCCAUCUGAGGAACACGGGGUUCGGCCGGCCGAGGCCCAGACACGGACUCAAACUCCUGCACUGGUUUGCCAAUGAAUGCCUUAUUUUUGACAAUAACAACAACAUGUUCACUGAAUGUGACCCAGCUGAUGGAGAUUUUGGGUUUCACCUGUUUAAGAACAGAUCUGAUGAAUAUGGGAAUAAACUUCUCCCAAAUAACAAUGUUCUUUAUUAUGUGGUCGGCAAUCUCAAUUCAGCAGGAGCUGAAGACCUUCCUGAAUCAGUCACAGAAGACAAAUAUACUGGCGAGGACGACAGCAACACAGACCGCAUCAUUGUCAGUCUCCAUGAUGAUUGUGAGUUUGACGAAGUUUAUAUAAGUCAACACCAGGACCGAUCGAACUACGACCCAAAUAACACUUACCAAAUCACCAAAGGCCUUCUCAUGAUCAUCAAGAGGAUGAGAUUAGAGGACUUUCUGCAGAAGAUGGGUUAUUAUCCAUACACACAGCCAAUAUAUCUAAUGCCUUAUAUCAACAUCAGACCUGAAACUACAAAUACAGCAGGUCCAGAGACUGUGAUCACUGUACCAUCCAGAGAUCCUCCACACUAUGAGGCUCCUGCAGCACAGAACAGUGAAACCAUCAUCACGAUGGGAGAGGAAACACCUACGAAAAACCCCUCAGAGUACUUACCCAAGAAGAAGAGCGUCUGUGAGAGACUCUGCACCAUACUUUAACCUGAACCUGUUAAGCCGGGCACUGUGAUCUGAGCUGAAUUAUGAUUUGUGCAAUGUUUUUUUUGAGUUUGACCAAAUUUCUACUUUGUAAAGUUUAUUGCACACUGAGUCUGAAGGUUUUGUAGGGUAAAAAAUUUGUAUUCAGCCUCAUGCUGGUUUUAAUGCCUUUUCUAAUGUCGUUAUUCAAUGAGUGUGCAUCCAUAGCUUUGACUCACUGCCAGUCCCCAUUCAGGAUUAAAUCAUUCACAGAAAUGUGUGUUAUGUUGCUGCAUAAACUUAAAGUCCAAAUGUCUCUGAUUUGCUGAAAUAAAGAUUGAUUUUUGGAAUAAACCAGCACAGCUCUUCAGAGAGCUCUCCUUUCUCUUGAUGCAGUGAAGUGGAUGAACACAAGAUUUCCUCUUUCUUUUUCCUUUCUUUGAAGGAGCAUGCUUGAAUUAGUUAUUUCAUAAUGGAUAAAUUAAGCGUCGGACUCAUGCAAGGUUUCAGUCCAUGACGAGUGGAUGUGAAUCUGAAAAAAACUAAAAUCUCAAGCCUCAGUGUGCAGAAGAACUCGAUGCUUCAUUUGUCAUCCUGUGUUUGUGCUGUGUAUGAGUGUGAGUAGAGGAUCAAUUAAUCUGUCAUUCACUGAAUUUCUGGCAUGUACACAAUUUUGAAUUAGAGCUAGAAACCAAUUGGGUUGAACCAAAGACUACAGAUAUACAAAGAUGGUUCAUUCACAUUAUUAUGAAUGGGGAGAAGUGCAACAUUUGGCUCAGUUUGUCAGAGUAGCCGAUAGUCAAAGAGGAGAGGUUUGCAAGGUCUAUUCCAGAAUGCACAGGAACAAUUGAAAGUGUAUGGCACUCUGUUCAAAUGUUAGUCAGGUAUAGAUCUGUCUACUAGUUUAUAUUUUAUCUUUUGCAUCUGAGCUUCACACUUCUUUCCAUUAGGUGGUGGAAAUCCACUAAAUUCUGGUUUGACAUAAAGCGAUAAAGAAGAAAGGACUGCGGCAUGUUGAUUUCCAAAAUUGCAUACUGCCUUACACUUAAAUUUAAAAUGUUUACAAAAUCUUGACUGUCACAAAACUCGUCAUACUGUAGUAUGAGUGCAAUGAAUGAAGGUGGGAUGUGCAACAACCACCAUUUUGUUAUAAGCACAUGACCUGCCUGCGUCAAAUUGCGUCGCUUCAUACACAUUCAUAUACUUGCUCCUGCGGCCUCUUGGGAUAGUAAAGUGUCCACUGGAUGCACACUGCUCAGCAGUAGUAGGUCAUCUGGGUACUUCUAAAAUACUGCUUUUCCAAUACUAUGGAUUUGUACAUAAGACUUGGCUCAUGUACUGUAUUUAACAUAGUAAGUGGUAGGGGAGAGAACUAUUUUGGAUGCAUGUAUGAAGUCAAGUGAGCUGAACUAUUGUG